AUGGCGCUAACUACAGCCCCAGUAUUAGUCCAUGCUGAUUUUAAACGUCCAUUCUUUAUCCAAUGCGACGCCUCUAACUAUGGAGUGGGAGCAGUAUUGUUCCAGUUGGACGACGAAAAUUCAGAACGUCCCGUAGCUUUCUUCUCUUCCAAACUGAAUAAACAUCAGAUUUUGUAUUCCGUCACUGAAAAAGAAUGUCUGGGAGCGGUAUUAGCAGUUGAAAAGUUUAGGCCUUACGAGGAGCUGAUGCCGUUUACUGUGAUCACGGAUCACGCAAGCCUAAAGUGGCUAAUGUCCCUCAAGGAUCUAAACGGGCGUUUGGCAAGGUGGUCUUUAAGGCUUCAGAGUUUCAACUUUAAAAUUGAGCAUCGCAAGGGAACUGAAAACGUGGUUGCUGACACCCUGUCACGCUGCAUAGCAGAGCUGAGUUUCGAUUUAUCUGAUGCCAUUGGGUUUCAGACGACAGAAUUCGAGUCCGCGGAAUACCAAGAAUUAAGAGAAGAAAUUAGUCGAAAUAUAGCAACAUUGCCUGAUUUACGCGUAGAUGGAGGAUUAGUCUUCAAAAGAACGACAUUCGAACAACUUGACGACCAAGUAGAAGGCUCAAUUUGGAAGCUGUGGAUCCCGGCAGGAAUAACAUCUACACUAAUAGCGAACGCGCACGAGGAUCACAAAGCUGCACACGGGGGGGAUGAAAAAGACACUUCAUCGUCUGAAACGUCAUUUCUACUGGCCGGCUAUGACGACACAACGAUGAAGGAGGCGAGUGUUGGGAAAGUGGUCGAAUUCCUGGUGCACGAGGUGUUUUACAAAUUUGGCGUACCUGAGGUAAUUCACUCCGACAAUGGGAAACAGUUCGUGUCGAAAAUAUUCCAAGACAUGAUCACUGCAUUCGGCAUUCAACACAUGCGUACCGCUGUAUAUUCACCACAGAGCAACGCAGCCGAGAGGGUAAAUCGGACCAUUCUAGCUGCAAUUAGAACGUAUUUAGAAAAUGAUCAUCGAGACUGGGACCUAUACUUACCGGAAAUUGAAGUGUCGAUUCGUGAUUCCGUGCAUGAGGCCACGGGUGUAACACCGUUCUUUGCAGUAUUUGGACAACAGAUGUUCCUAAAUGGAAACUGCUACAAACUGGCAAGAAAACUACAGUCUUUGACAGAACAUCAAAUAACGACGCUGGAUCCAGUAGAUAAGCGCCAACUUAUCCGCGAUCACAUUCGGGAGAAUCUCCAUCAGGCAUAUGAACGCAGCAGUCAGCGCUAUAACAAACGGGCGCGAGUUUUCCAUGCCAAGCCUGGCCAAGAAAUCUACAGACGCAAUUUCACUCAGAGCAAUUUUGGAAAGAUGUACAAUGCCAAGUUUGCUCGAAAAUAUGUGAAAUGCCGAGUCAUACGCCCUAUAGGGAACAAUGCCUACGAAUUGGAGGAUCUGGGGGGGAAGCCUAAAAGGAAACGGGACGAGUUUGGCCGAGGAAAUAGGACAGGCAACCGGGACCGGGAAAAGAAGGCACCGUCAACGAAGAAGUCACCGUUGGCGAAGAAGGGAAGACGGGACGAGUUUGGACGACGUAAACGGGAAAUCGGCAGCCGGGACCGGGAAAAGAAGACACCGUCAACGAAAAAGUAA